AGGACACGUAGAGCUUUAAUUUUUCGGCAGUUACUUUUGUUGAAAGGCCGGAAACUGACUAUCAUUAAUAUUUAAUCAUGGAUUAGUAGUUUAAUAAUAUAGAUAUAUUAUCUGCUUUUUUUGACGGAUCGUACUUACCAGGCAUUAGACGUAGUAGCCCGUUGUCUGCUGAGUCAUCGCAUGGAGGUUCGCUUGAAAGUGAGUCAGUCCAUUUAAGACCGGAGUCAUUUGUUUUGUAGAUUGCGAUGUUGACUUUACCACAAAUGCAAAUAUGAUUUAUGAAGGGCCGCAUACCGUAAGUUGUCGACCAGAUUUUGUGAUCGAGCAAUUCAGUGCAACGUGCCAGUGUAUGGAUUUUCUAUUCUAUAAUCUAUACUCAUUAUUAAAGCUCAGGUACAAUGUGAUCUAUCAGAAUUCCGUGGAAAAGCUUCGUGAUUUACCGUACAUUCCUUUUCAGCUUUGCACAUGAUUACUUAAUAAUACAAUAAUUUAUAUGCCCGUAACUGUUUCUGAGGUUUAUGAGAGACUGGUGUGAUAUUAGCAUUUCGAUCUUAUCGUUGUGUUACAUUUGUGAUAAGUGCUUUAUAAUCUGCUCGGAGACUGUUUGUGUUGUUUGUUUUGGCCGGGCGUUUAAUAUUUUAUUGGAAUUUGCUGGCCAUAUUUGGGGGUGAUUUUACAUACUCACCGUGCAGUCCUGCUGUCCACUGUUUGGAACUUUGGUUGAACGAUUCUGUACCGAUUUGCCCCAACUGAUGGUAAACUGUUAACCAUGGAUCCCGACAUGGAUAACAAUGGUGAUGUCCACCCCAAUUUAUCCCCGAUGCCCACCGCAUCCGCAUCGGGCGGUUCUUCGCGAAGCGUGAAUGAGCCAAAAACGAAGCGAUCAUCAUUUCAGAAUUUGACUCGCAUGACAUCACUGCGCAGCGUCCGCCUUAGAUCGUUAAGCUCCGGUGUAAAGCGAUCCCAGGGCGCCGUUGCCCAGUUUCUGGGAGUUCAGCAUAUUCCCGAAGAACAGCAGGAUGAGCGCAAAGCGAUGUGGGAAGUCAGACGGGCUCAGUUGGGCCGUCGACUGGGAGCGAAGCCCAAAUCACCGGUUCGCUUGGCGGUGCAGGGACCGGACAAUAUCGAUGGCCAGGUCGGUCCAACCAUAACGAGUGAUGAUGAACGGAUCCGCAACGCUUUGCGAGCUUUCCGGAAACCAUCAGCCGUGGAAAUGGCUUGGAAGAGAAUAAGUCGAAAAGCGAGAGAACGACCGGAAGUGGAGGGAAUGGGACCUUCCUCCAUGGUCACUACUCCGAUGCCUUCCACGGGCCGGCCGACCUUUGGAACGAUGGCUAGCUUUCCUGGUCAGCGUAUCGAUGAAAUUCCAGAACUACGGGAGCUGGAGCCGGCCGAUGUCACAAUAAGACAUGAAAAGUUUUUCGAUCAGGCCACCGGACCUGUGGAAGAACUGUCUGGUGAAUUUCGCUUUACACCAUUUGCUGUGCACGCUGCUCCUUCUCCCCCUAAAGAAGAACCUGCCCAUGCUCCCCCGACCGAAGCUACGACAUUGUUGAAAGGGAAGGCCUUAGCCCGGGCAAGAGAUUUGCGAGUGGCUAUCAGUGCACCACAACCUCCUCUGGCGCCCAUUGCCAAGCCGGAAACAGCGGAAAUCACAGAUGGAACUACGGAUACAGCCAAAAAAAUGCUCGGAGUGCCCGCGCCGGGCCGAGAGAAAUCGAGAUUUUUUGGGAUGAGCAUUUUGUUACGAUGCUGUAUGAGGCCUUUCCGAAAGGAUCUUGAUAAAGCCACACAAGAGCAGUUAUACGAACUGCUUGAUCACAGGCCAUACUUUACUUACUGGGUAACGGUAGCGCAGAUUUUGAUCCUUGUCGUGUCAGUUGCCGUGUACGGCUUUGCACCGGUUGGAUUCGACUCCAAGCAGCAUUCAUCACUGAUAUUGGAAACUAGCCUUGCACUUGAAACGGUUGACUACUACGAACCGGAGAAUUUUUGGCUGGGUCCACGUGCGGCUCACUUAAUACACCUGGGCGCUAAAUAUGCACCUUGUAUGCGCCCUGAUGACGAGAUUAACAAAAAAAUUGCAUUUCAUCGCGAACAAGAGAACCAAACUGCAUGCUGUAUUAGCAAUGACAAAUCUGGAUGUGUACAGAGUACAAAAAAUAAGUGUUCGAGCACGAUGGCAACAUUUGCCAAAUGGCCGGACACUGAUUCCAGUGGUCGCGUAUCCGGUUCCGUAUGCGGAUUAGAUCCACGAUACUGCGCUGAUCCACCGUCGACGGGUAGUCAAAAAUGGCCGGAUGAUAUUACAAAGUGGCCGAUAUGCAAGAAACAGAUUGACAACACGAGUAAGAUUGCCUGGCCCCAGCACAUGCAGUGCGAGGUGGUGGGUCACCCCUGUUGUAUCGACACUCAAGGUGGUUGCCGUAUCACAACGCGUGAAUAUUGUGAUUUUGUGCAAGGCUACUUUCACGAGACCGCUCUCUUAUGUUCACAAGUGUCUUGCUUAGACAAAAUAUGUGGUAUGCUACCGUUUUUUGACCCAGAAGUGCCGGAUCAGUUUUACCGGUUGUGGACUGCCAUAUUCCUGCAUGCUGGGUUUGUGCAUUUGGCCAUAACAAUUCUGUUCCAGUAUUAUAUUAUGCGAGAUACGGAAAAACUGACGGGAUGCAUCAGGAUGGCCAUAAUUUACAUCAUGAGCGGAGUGGCUGGCAAUCUGGCCAGUGCAAUAUUUACUCCCUACGUUGCAGAAGUCGGUCCAUCUGGUUCCCAGUUCGGCGUGUUCGCUUGUGUUAUUGUUGAGAUAAUCUAUUCAUGGAAACUGGUGGAUAAGCCAUGGGUGCCUUUAUUGAAAAUGUUGUUAAUUGCCUUGUUUUUGUUCAUAAUUGGUCUCUUCCCGUGGACGGAUAAUUAUUCGCACAUCUUCGGAUUUAUUUUUGGUUUUUUGUUGUCCUUGGCGCUGCUGCCAUACAUUGCCUUCAGCGAACGAGAACGGAAGAUAAAAGUGUGGAUCAUAGUAAUUUCAGUUCUCGUUGCCACUGGAUUAUUUGCAGUGCUCAUUGUGUUGUUCUAUAUCCACCCCAUUUAUAACUGUGAAGUGUGCUCAUAUUUUAACUGCAUUCCAUGGACCAGCACGUUUUGUGACUAUCAGAAGAUUAUUAUCAAGGAUAAGGAGGACAGGUUUAAUACGAGGGAAAACCUGAUAAAGUUGGUGACGGCUUCGCCAUAGGCUGGCAUAUUCUGCCCCUAUUGUUUCCCCUUUUAUGUGUGCAUUUUCGUAUCUUCUGGUUGGUUUUUAGCUUUGGGCAGCUGACUAUGUUUGUUGUUGAUUGUUUACGACAUACCAAAGCGAGUGCAGCUAGGCUGGCCACAGGCCGCUGUUAAUUUAAUAAGGAGCGUCUUUAUGUUUUUAUUUGUAAGGUAUGAUUUUUUUAGCAUGCUGUUUUACCGUUCCUGAUGAGAAUAGGACGUCUUUCACUGUUACUGGGUUGGUUUUACGAUUAUCUUAUUUCUUUUUAUAUUGAUAUGAUAUGAUUCAAUUAAAAACCCGAGGUCGA